CAAAAUAACGAAUAAAAUUUCGAAUCAUCCCGGAUUCCAUUGAAAUUUAUUGAUGAACUCGGCUGUUAAUAUUCGAUAAUUCCAACGGAGGAAGAAAAAUCCGGAUACAAAGGAGAAAGAGCGAAAAAAAUAUAUCCAAGUACGUGUUAUAUACCUCGAAAAAGUUUGGAAAAUCUCUCACAAUUAUUAUCCCCAUACAUCGUCCAUUCAGUUGUCACCAAGAGGAGGAUCCGUCGAGUUAACGAGCGGCCGUUUCGGUAUCCUCAGGUAUAGUGUAACACCCCCGCUGGCAGAGAGAUGGAAGGCGGCUAGUACUCCCUCUGCCACCGCUACGUUGUCGUCAACAGCACUGACGUUCCGUUGCACACGUGCCGUGUGCAAACGGCUGGCUAUGACUAGGACGGCCACGACGCGAGAACAGCCAUUCGAAUCCAGUAUUAGUGCGUAACAGACAAAAUGCCUUUUAAACCAGUAGAACAUCCCAAGUGUCCCAAAUGCGGCAAAUCCGUGUACGCUGCAGAAGAACGUGUUGCUGGAGGACUCAAAUGGCACAAGAUGUGCUUCAAGUGUGGUCUGUGCGGCAAAUUACUCGACUCGACAAACUGCACCGAGCACGAGGGCGAGCUUUUUUGCAAAGUGUGCCAUGGGCGCAAGUUCGGCCCUAAGGGAUACGGCUUCGGUGGAGGCGCUGGUUGCCUGUCCAUGGAUCAGGGCGAACAUUUGAAGAGUAGCGAGGAACUCGCGAGAGGAUCGAACGCCAUUCUGGAACCAAGAGCCAUCGCCAAGGCGCCAGAAGGAGAGGGUUGCCCUCGAUGCGGAGGAUACGUUUACGCUGCCGAACAGAUGCUGGCCAGAGGAAGGGCUUACCAUAAGCAAUGCUACAAGUGCAAAACCUGUCACCGGUCUCUGGACUCGACGCUUCAUUGCGAUGGUCCUGAUCGCGAGAUAUAUUGUCGAGCUUGCUAUCCGAAGAAAUUCGGUCCGCGAGGUAUUGGCCACGCUGGGGUUAUGUGGAUCGGGCUGCAGUGCGAUAUUGAGGACGAGGGCGAGGCAGCUCCUCGUACAACCGUGAUCGACACCGCCAUAAUCAAAGCCCCGCCCGGCAAAGGUUGUCCACGUUGCGGCGGCGUCGUGUUCGCCGCCGAACAGGUGCUCGCGAAGGGCCGCGAAUGGCACAGAAAGUGCUACAAGUGUCACGACUGCAGCAAAACGCUCGACUCGAUCAUCGCCUGCGACGGGCCCGACAAAGACGUCUACUGUAAAACCUGCUACGGAAAGAAAUGGGGACCGCACGGAUACGGAUUCGCAUGUGGUUCGGGAUUCUUACAAACCGAUGGUUUAACGGAGGAAGAGAUUUCGGCUAGUCGACCAUUCUACAAUCCCGAUACGACGGCAAUCAAGGCGCCAGCCGGUCAAGGUUGCCCUCGUUGCGGUGGCAUGGUAUUCGCCGCCGAACAACAGCUUGCCAAGGGGACUAUGUGGCACAAGAAAUGCUUCAACUGCGCCGAGUGCCAUCGACCUCUCGACUCUAUGCUGGCCUGCGAUGGACCCGACAAGGAGAUUCACUGCCGAUCGUGCUACGGCAAGCUUUUCGGACCCAAAGGAUUCGGGUUCGGACACACCCCGACCCUCGUUUCAACCGAUGGGGAUCACGCUCCCUCCUACAUCGAUGCAAAGCCUCAGGUCGGGCAGAAGCGGAGCGACGGGCACGGGUGCGCGCGCUGCGGCUAUCCCGUGUACGCUGCCGAGCAGAUGAUCUCGAAGAAUCGCGUGUGGCACAAGCGUUGCUUCAGCUGCGCCGAGUGCCACCGCUCGUUAGACUCGACGAAUCUGAACGACGGCCCAGACGGAGACAUUUAUUGUCGCGGAUGUUACAACCGGAAUUUCGGGCCGAAGGGGGUGGGCUUCGGCAUGGGCGCGGGCACCCUGACGAUGGCCUAACUUGUUCAGAAAUAUAUUCAACACCAGCUCGAACCAGUCUCAUAUAUAUAUAUACAUAUAUAUAUAUAUAUAUAUAAAUAUAAAUAUACACAUAAAUAUAAUUAUAUCCAAUAUAUAUAUACGUGCGAAUAAACGAUCGCGGAUAAUAAUAUAAUAAUACUCGCUCGCAACGCUUAAUUAAAAUUCAUUGUUGAUCUUCUUCUAUUUUGCGGAUUCCUUCGUUUAUUCGUAUGUAUAGAAAUAUGUAUAUGUAUAGACGCCUGACUCCUCGAAAAAUUUAAUUUUUUCCGCGAUAAAGUUUCACGCUGCUCCGAAAACUCCGAAAACCAAAGAGAAAAGAAAAAAAAAGAAAAGAAAAGGAAAAAAAAAAAAAAGAAGGAAGAAAACAAAGCAAAGAGAAAAGAAAAGAAAAAAGUCAAAGAAAAAUUCUCAUUCGUUUCAACGACGUUUUUUUAAUCGCUUAAAUAUAUAUAUAUAUAUAUAAUUCGAUUCGAUCUUCUCACGAAGAGAUGCGCGCGCACACAUUGCGAUUCUGCAUUCGUCGAUGAUUCCGUCUCCUCGAUGAUGCGGCGCACGAAACGACCACGCGACACACAAUCGACAAUUAAUCGACACUGUGAACGAGCAAGCUUUUAUUACUUUUGUAUAAGGCGAAAAUUUGCGAUCCGAGAUCGAGAAGCUCCGCGGAAGCUUCCUUCUCCCUGGGAAGGGGAUAGAGUGUAUAUUUAUAUAUAUAUAUAUACUAUAUAUAUAUACAUAUAUACCGACAGGAUAUAUAUAUGGAUAGGAUACCGACGGAUGGUAUAUAUAUAUAUGUAUAUAUAUAUAUAUAUAUAUACCAUUCGUCGGUAUCCUGUCCAUGUUUUCGUUUCUUUCUUUCUUUUUUUCUUUCUUUCUUUCUUUUUUUCUCGAACAAAGAACCUUGGAAUUCGGGACCAAUACUGAUUCGGGGAAAGUUUAGAAUUUAUCCAUCGAUCUUAUAAAAGUGUGCAAGCGUGAGCAAAGGAUAUACGCCCCCUUAUCCUCGGGAGAAGGAUAUACACGAGGCUGACACAAGAAAAGUACAAAGUAUACAAAUAUCCGUAUAUAUUACCUGGAUUGCGAUCAGGAGCAACGAUUGUUUAGUUAAAACGACGGGCAAAGAAGUGGCGAGCGAAGAAGAGCGAAGGAACGAAGAUAAAUGCAAAAGAUAAAUAAAUAAAUAAAUAAACAAAUAAAUAAAUAAAUAAAAAAUGAUUAUUUUCAAUAAAUGUAA